AGGGAGAACAGGGACUGAUCAAACAAAAUGGUUGUCUUCCGGGAACGCCAAGUAAGGAGAGAGUGGCGGCGUCGAUGACGAUGUUGUCGGCGACGGCAAUGACGAAAGUCACGCUGAAUCUCGUCAGUUCUCGCCUCGAUCUUGACGUCACUUGUUGCUAACAAAACAACAAGGGGUUGGUCGGAGAUAUCAACCUUCAUUGUCGAAAAAAUACAGAAAGAAGAAGAAGAAACAUGAUCAGUUGGAUUUACAGACAUGAAUAACGUUACCAAGGCAGGGUCCAUGGACGACGAGGACCUCAACGAUUCGGUCGACUUUGAUUUUUACGAAUCCAACGACCAGGAAUCUAUGAACACCGUUUUCAACAAAGUAUACAGCAAGCCGCCUCCUGGCAGACAUCGACAUUUUCACACUUGCUCGCAAGAAAAAGUUUGUUAUGAUAGCUUUUGCAGCUCCUCUGCGGCAGGCGGGGAGCCAUAUCAAUAUGUUAACGGUUGUUUGAACGAUAGCGACGUAGAUAAAAUGAAAGGUGCUGUGGAUUUGAUAGGAGAAGACCAAAACGAACGGAUACCUACAACAACAACUAUUACUACUACUAUUACUACUACUACAACAACAACACCAACCAUCGAAGACUGUACGCUACUAGCAGAUGAAAACGAUACCCAGUCUAGCCUUGAUGUUUCCAUUUCCGACGACACGGAUAGUAACCUAAGUGAUCUCCCAGAUUUCUCUGAUGAGGAAAACGGUAAAGAGCCUUCACCGUUCGCCAACCAGCCCCGUGGUUCGAAAGCAGCUGGUGACACCGGAUCGAAUCCCAACAAACAGUGUGCGAUAGAAACCGAAGACCAAAGAAACACAGUUCGUUUUAAGAACUCCGAACACACCGAUUCUGAUGUGGCGGCCGAAUCUGGUCCUUCGGAUGCUGCAAAUCUUAUAGACACUGAUUUGAGUUCCAUAGACGGUGACGAUGACGACGACGAUGAUGUUGUUGAAGAUGAUGAUGACGACGACGAUGAGGAUGAUGAGGAUGAUAUUGAUGAUGAUGAUGAUAGUUUAGCGAGUGUAGAAGAUAAUAGCGAAGAUGAAGAUGAGUGCAAUGUGGAUUCUACACCAACAGAUAAAUAUUUGAAAACAUUGGGAAAUGGAAAGGCCAGCCAACCGCAGGCGAUUCUGCGUAAGAACGUGGGUAUCACGCUGGCCGAGAGGUUUUCGCUCCAGCAGAAAACUCAUGCGAAGCGAAACGGUUACUCGCAGAGUUCGAAUCGAAGUGAUUUGAACUGCAACACUUUUGAAAGUGAUUGUUCGUCGGCAUCAGAAAUGACAGAUGUGUCUCCCCUGGCUUCUGGUGACAGUAGCCCUACAAUGGUAAGAAGGUGUAAAUCGGCACCGAACCCUAGCCGUCAACCUUCUUCUCCGCCUUUCUGUGAGCAAAACGGACUCUGUACGGCUACCGAUCAGGACAACAGCAAUAUGGACAUGAAUUUGAUUAUGCGAGCUGUUCAAGAGAUUGGUAAGGAAGAAUAUGGUACUAGAGAUUCCUCCCCUAUUCGGAAAAAAAAUCAGCGAACUAAUUUGUCAUAUAAUACAUAUCAGACUCGUGAAAUCGAGAGAGAAAAUGAGAGACUUCUGUCUGAGAUCUUAAAGCUAUCUUCGAACAAAAGCUAUAAGAAUGCCAAGAAACUGCCUAUAAAAACGAAAGUAGCCCAUUCUGCUAUCAACAGACAGCGUGAACAACGUCGGAUUGAGAGGGAAAACGAGAAGGGGAGAAAUCAUCAAACCAAAAAGAAGACACAUGAUUUGACCCUUUAUGAUAACAAUGUGUGUGCUUUUCUAAGACGGCUAGAAACUGUUAGACCCAGCAAAGGUUUGUCAAGAGAUGAACAGUUGGCAGAAUACAGUUCAAAACACUCGAAAUAUCCACUCAAUAAAGUAUCAUAUCCUGGAUGUACAACAAAGAGACCCUCAACUGCAACCUGUGAAUCUAAAAGUUUUGUCAGUAUUGAAAGCCCAUCAGACCCUCCUGCUAAGAAAGAUCUUUAUUGUCGAUCAAAGACUAAGUUUAAAAACCGUCCUGAGUGGAUAUCAAAAUGGUGACCUUUAUAAAAUUAGGGGGUAUGGGAAUAAUUCUGGGGAUUAGUAAGGGAUGGGUAUGGAAAAAAAUCCAAACAAACAAAGAAAAACCCAACAAAUUCAUGUUUUUGAAGUUUGAAUUGUUUUCUGUAUAUAUUUCAAAUAUUUGUCAUAUUUAAAAGAUUCUGUUGUGGCAGGUGCUGUAUGGUGUGUGGCAUGCUGUGGUAACAGUGGUGGUGGUUAAGUUUCACAACAAAGCAAAUUCCUUGGCAAUUUUGGUUUCACUUUCCAGUUGGAACUAUGCUGCUUCAUUUGUGAUGUCGUUAAUUGUUGCCUUCAGGACAUAGGACAAAGGAAUGACCAUCACAAUGCAAAGAAAUCCUUAUAUUAAAGAUUUUUUUAAAAAAUUUUUUGGCAGGAGAAAAAUUCAAAAAUAUUGCAUAACUAUAAAAAUAGAAAUAAAAUCUAAAUUUACUUGAGAAAGAAAAUAUCUAUAUGUGUGUGUAUGUGUUUGUGUGUACAUAUACAAACACCCACACAUACAUGUGUGUGUGUGUGAGUGUGUGUUUGAAUGUGUAUAUGUAGAUAAUGACAUAUCGAUCUCUAGGUGUGUCUCAGAAAAUUAAAACAUUAUGCAAGCGUUAAUCUUUGUUGUCAGUUAAUGUCUGAGCAUAAAAGUUUCAAUUGCAUUAGGCUCACUAAAUGUAAAUUGCUCUAUUUCCAGCAUUUUAUUGAUACAUUAAAAAUCCAAUAUCUCGAAAUAUUAGAAUGUAACAGCAUAACAUCAGAAACAUAUCAUUAGAAAGUCGGUUAAAAAUCGAGGUGGGUACAAAAUGUCAGUACAUGUUUGGUGCUCUUUUGACUUCAGUGACUGGACAUAUUAUGACAGAGGAAACCAAUUAGUGACACUAGUUAAUUUUGAUGGAAGUCCCGGUAGUCUCCUUAGCAGCCUUUGGCUCCUAAAAAGGGAUACUCAAGGCUUUUGUUUUAUGGCAGGGAGCAGUUUAGUUGUUGCAUUGAGCUUCAUUAAAUGAUUAUCUUCCUGAUUGAUGCUGAUUUGUUUUAAUCAUUUUGACUGACUGCUAGUGUGGGAACCGCCUUAACCACCAAAUGACUGCUGGGACACAAAUUGGGCAUCUUUUUAACUAUACCCCAUAGUUUCUGUAUGAGAUUUAGGCCAAGUCAGUUCCUUGGUAAGGUAGCUCAUUGAUGUGAUGAUCAGUAAAGCAGGAAGUGUUUGUUUUGGCGCUAUGUGCAAGUACCAAAUCUUGCUGAAACAAAAAUUUUACAUUGCCAAAUAGCUUGAUGUUUGAUAUAAGGAAACAAGAAAUGCUCCAAGAUCUCAUGGUAGACUUGUGCAUUGGCUGUAAUUCUGAAGAAACACAAAAGUCCAAUAUCUACAUAUGACAUUGCAUCACUGAUUGCCAGAAAUUCGAGACUGGGUUUCUAAUGGCUGGUGUUUUGUGAUUUCCAGACCUCCAAAUUCUGCAAACUUCGUUUCCAAAUGAGAUACAAAAACUUACUCCAAUCAGGAAAAAGUCACAUUGUGCCACUGCCCAUCACUCUAUUUCCUGUUUCUCCUUGCCUCCAUCGACCACUUGUAACAUUGCUUGUCAGUGAAAAGAGGCUUAGUGCUAGGUACUUUGCUGUUGUGCUCCAUCUCUUGAAGCUAUCUCGCUGUACAAGGUGGUUCUUGAUGCCCUAACUUCUGUGUCAACUUUUGAUGAAAAUCUUCCUCGUUGUCAAACUGGCUUUUUUUUUUUUUCACAGUUCUCUUGAAGUUACAGUUGUCCCUCUUGCUGGCUCACCUUUUUUCUGCCUCAUCUUGCAUGUCCAGAUGGUAUCCCAGAAAGUGGCUGCAAUGUUGAAAUCUGGGAACAGCUAGCUUUUAAAGAAAUAAUCUUCUCUGUGUCUUCCCCUCUUCGUGAAGUAUGUUACUGAUGAUCUUUUUAGUCAACAGUUUAGAUCAGAAGUCUUGCUCAUGAUUACAGCACUAAUGUUUUCUGUAAAAAAAAAAUUAAAAAUAAAAAAAAAAUUAUUGGCUGAAUGAGUAUUACUCUUACAUGCUCAGACAAUAUUGUAAUAUUUUGAGAGAAGUAGAAUAGAAUUAAAAUAUUUGUCUGUACUUUUACAAUGGAUAGUCAUCAUUCUAGAAACUAGAAAUUGUUCGCAGACUAAAAAGGAGCACUACUGCCACAUUUAUUGUACAUAAGAGUAAUAAAUUUUUUGAAUAUUCA